CAGCGGGUUCAGAGUGGAAAGGUGGCAGGAAGAAGAAAUGGCAGCCGGCACGCUGUGAUGUUGGCACUGUGGUGUGUUGUCAGUGACCAAAAUGACUCAUUCUCCGAUAUCACAUCGCUCGUUUAUAUUUAGCAUGAGGAGCUAAUUUAAUAAACACGUUUGAAGACUGUAAACCAUGGCUGUACUGUAUGAAAUGGCGUGGCGGUUUUUGUACGCGCUGUUGCACCUCCAACGCGCGCUGGUCACCUGGUUCCGCGUUCACAUCUGGAGGUGGAAACGGGCUGUGGUGGGUUUAUUACUACCCCUCGCCCUCGGGUUUCAUCAUCAGAAGAAGACCGGACCCGUGGGCAAACGGCAUACCCGCCGGGUUCGCUGCGGAGCGGACGCUCGGACUUUAGAGAAGGUUCCGAUUCAUGUGGGUCUGAUAAUCACUGAAGAUGAGAUCCACUACACUGACGUUGCGAACCUGGUGGUCUGGUGCAUGGCAGUGGGAAUAUCAUAUGUCAGUGUGUAUGAUAACCAAGGUGUGUUCAAGAGGAAUAACUCCAGACUCAUGGAAGAGAUCCUGAAACAGCAGCAGGAUCUUCUGGGAAUGGACAGCUCCAGAUAUUCCAUGGAGUUUCAGAAGAAUGGAACGGAUAAACAUGAGCAUCAGGUGUUAUUUUGUCAGUCAGCGGUAAAGGUCUUAUCACCAGAUGAUGGGCAGCUCAGUAUCGUCCAGGCAGCCCAGCAGCUCUGUAAAGCCGUCGAGCAGAAGGAGAAGACAUCCAAAGACAUUGACGUCGCUGUGCUUGACUCAUUACUCAGAGAGUCACACACCAGACCUGACCCAGACCUGGUGCUGAAGUUUGGCCCUGUUGAAAGUACACUUGGCUUUCUGCCUUGGCACAUCAGACUAACAGAGAUUAUCUCCUUACCGUCCCACAUAGACGUCUCUUACGACGACCUGCUUGCUGCUCUCCAACGCUUUUCGACGUGUGAGCAGCGCUUGGGCAAGUGAGGAACUGUCGGAAGCAGAAAACGAAUAGAAAGCGAAAGAAAGGGGUGGAGGGCAUCCGUCCUUUUCAUCAUGUUUACAAUACAAGCACUGGAGCCCCAGCGUCAGCAACCAACUGCUGCUGCUCAUCCCCGCCCGGAUCAUCUCCGCUUUUCUCCGCGAGGCCUGCCAUACAUCUGUGUGUGUGUGUGAUUGUACUUGUAUGUUUGUUUAUGUGUGUAAGCCUCCCAUGUCUGCUCGUCUGAAGGACCUGAACGCCACUUUAUACAUCACGCCAUCCAGCAAGCCGGUUGCAACGCAGAGCUCCGUUUAGCCGGAGGAACGUUGUUAGUCAUAGGUUGUUAAUUUGUCGUCACUUUUUUAUGUACCGUAGUACUGGACACAUGGCGGACUCUUUCGAACCACGCCCGUGCACUGAACUUUAUGAUGGUGGUGCAUUCGUACAUCUUGCAUAACGUGACUUUUGUCGAGAGCCCAUGGAGGGAAGCACGUUGUUGAACUUGCAAAAAGUGAACUACAGUCUCACGACUGCUUUCCGAUCGUGUCAACAAACAAGAUUUUUCUUCUACGUUCAGAAUCCAUUACGGCUUUGCUGAAGUGGAAAUGGUUAAAUUUGUGUUUAUUUGUAGUUGUUGUUUGGAUGUAUGCGGAUGUGCCACAAAUGACACUAAUGAGUAUCAAACCCUGAAAUUUUACCAAAAGCUUAAAAUAGAUUGUUCUGCAUUGCAUCCCCCCCAAAGCAGAUGCUGUUUGCUUGUUUUUAUUUGACUUUUAUUUUUCAUUGUAAACAUCUUGACAUUUUUAUUAAUGGCUAAUCAAUGUCUUUAUUGAUCAGAGAAGUAUCAUAUUAAAAUGCUGUGAGAUUCGUAAUGGCAUAGGCAUUGCAUUAUUCUGCACAUCACAACGCUUCUUUGAAGAAGUCUUAAAUGUAUAAUUCAUGGGCUACUGUUGGCAGGGUUGGUUUAGUGUCCAGCGUGCAUGUACAAUAAACGUUACUGAAACCUGGA